AUGUAAAAUAUUGCAAUUGUGAUUCUUAAUACUAAAAUCAAUCAUAAGGUCUUCGAUUUUUAUUACAACCAAAAUGUUUUCCUUAUUUGUGCAGAUGGUGGUGCUAACAGACUUUAUGAAUACAAAAAAGAAAUUAUUCCUAAAUGCAUCAUAGGUGACCUUGACAGUCUUAAACCUGAAAUCCAACAAUAUUAUCAAUCUCACAACUGCUCUAUUAUUAAAGUCGAUGAUUAGGAUACAUCAGAUUUUGAGAAAGCAAUAUCUUAUCUAUAAUAAUUAGAUGGAUUUCAACAUGUCAUCAUUAUAGGUGGUUUACAAGAGAGAUUUGAUUAAACAAUAAAUUCCUUGCACACCUUGGCUAAAAUUAACUUCACUGGUCAAAUAAUAAGUGAUUACUCAAUUGUUCGAUAUUUUAAGGAAGGUUUUCAUACUUUUAAAUUCUCUGAAAUUGAACAAGAAAAAGGAAUUAGCUUAUUUCCAUAAGGAACUUAGGCCAGAAUCAAUACAAAAGGAUUAAAAUGGAAUGUGACUUAAGACAACCCCCUUAUCUUAGGUAAAUUCCUAAGCACAUCCAAUGAGGCUGUUGAAAAGUAACUUGAGUUCGAUUCCCUCGAUAACUUUUUCUUCGUGACUUAAUUGAAAGAUCAAUACAUCUGA